AUGGUUUUUUCUCAUUCGAAAGAGGCACAUCCUCAGAAUGUGUCCGCGAUUUUUAUCCAUGCUGGCGCGGGAUUCCACAGCUACCAAGCUGAGUCAACCCAUCUUUGGGUGUGCAAUCAGGCCGCAACGCUCGGAAUGGCUGUGCUGAGAGCCGGAGGACGCGCUGUGGACGCCGUCGAAGUCGCCGUCAAAUUUUUGGAGGACCAUGAAAUCACAAAUGCAGGUUAUGGCAGCAAUCUCUCUGUUCAUGGCACUGUGGAGUGCGACGCGACCAUUGUGGACCAUUUGGGCCGAAGUGGCGCUGUGGGUGCUGUGGAACAUAUCAAAAACCCCAUUUCCCUUGCGCGUCUUGUUUUAGAUGUUUCGACCAAACCUUUGUCUUUGAACAGAGUGCCACCAAAUCUUCUAGUUGGCCCAGGGGCAACAGAAUUUGCAUAUGAAAAUGGAAUGCCAGUCCUCCAUGCUGACUUCCUCGUUUCCGGAGGAUCUCGCGAACGGUGGCUGCGGUGGAAACGGGAUUUAGCCCAAGUCGAGGCAGAGGAAAACCAAGAAGAGGCGCCAAAGAGCGCACAAUAUCAGCACCCCGGGCACACUUCGUCAACUAGGUCUCGUUUUUCUAGCCCCGGUCGUGGUAUUACUUCAAGGUCAUGGUGGCGUUCGACAAACCCUACAAACCCUCCGUCAGGGUCUGAUGGACCCGAUGGCGUGGCGUCUCCAGACACCGUUAUUCGACCUCAUGCACAUCUACCUGAUGCAAGUGAACGAGAGUACGAAGAACAUAUCAAUACCGGGUGUUUAGGCCUUGAUCUCAACAAUGCAGAAGGUGUUGCGGAAUCCCAAGGUGGAACUGAUGGCUCCUCCCACCCCGCGGAACUCCGAAAGCGGAAGCGGACCAGGUUGCCUUUAGAGUCAGGCACAUCCACAUCGACCUCUUUUGGAUAUGCAGGAAAGGCUAUCCCGCCUGAACAUGUCGGAGAUCAACCCCAAAGGGACCCGGCUGAGGAAUCUCCUCAGCAUGGCUACAUAAUGGGUUCAGAUGAUAACAUUAUUGACACUGUUGGGGCUAUCGCUGUGGAUUGCCAUGGAAACAUUGCAGCAGGUUCUUCUUCUGGUGGUAUUGGCAUGAAACAUAGCGGACGCACUGGCCCAGCAGCUCUCGUGGGCGUUGGAACUGCCGUUAUCCCAGUUGAUCCCAAAGACGAAGCAAGAACAUGCGUUGCGGCUGUGACAAGCGGCACCGGUGAGCAUAUGGCUACAACGAUGGCCUCCAACGUUUGCGCAGAGCGGAUAUAUUCAAGCACCCGGAAAGUCGCAGGACAGCCAGGCGUUUUUGAGACCGUGAAUGAAGACGAGGCACUGGAAGCCGUGAUCGACGUCAUCCGGGUGUUAAAAGUAGCCACUGCCAUGCUGCGAUUGGGGUGA